GUGGGAGGGGCAAAGGGAGGAAGUGAAGAGACGCUGAAGCUGUGCGAAAGGUGAAGCGCUGACGGAAAUCUCUGAUAUGGUUCAUGUCGCAAGAGCUUGAGGAAAGCUAACUCGCCAGAAAGAGAGAGACGAGCAAGAAUAGAAGUGUAAAAUGGCUGACCAAAGGCAGCGCUCAUUGUCCACCUCAGGGGAAACAUUAUAUGUUGUUCUGGGACUUGACAAAAAUGCUACACCAGAAGACAUUAAGAAAUCAUACAGAAAACUUGCACUGAAGUACCAUCCUGACAAAAAUCCAGAUAACCCUGAAGCAUCAGAGAAAUUUAAAGAAAUAAACAAUGCUCAUGCAAUUCUGACUGAUGCGACAAAACGGAAUAUCUAUGAUAAGUAUGGCUCAUUGGGUCUCUACGUGGCAGAACAGUUUGGUGAGGAGAAUGUAAAUACGUAUUUCGUCCUGUCUAGCUGGUGGGCAAAGGCUUUGUUUGUCUUCUGUGGAGUGAUCACUGGCUGCUACUUCUGCUGCUGCCUCUGCUGCUGCUGUAAUUGCUGCUGUGGGAAGUGUAAACCGAAGCCUCCUGAGGGGGAGGAACACGACUAUUAUGUCUCACCAGAAGAUCUGGAGGCACAGUUACAGUCAGACCUGGAAAGAGAGGGAGACGGAGCAAUUGUGGUGCAGCCAACAUCGGCCACAGAAACAACCCAGCUGACUAGUGACAGUCACCCCAGCUAUCACACCGAAUGAUUUAACUAAGCCAAGUUUGUUCUUGUAAUUAAAAAGUAUAUUUAAAAUUCAUUUCAACACUGGGUUAGUUAAAGCUAUAGAUGGGGAAAGAAUUUUCACAAGAUUGCCUGCCAAGAUGAGAGCAGCCACCAACAUUGAGGAGACCACCUUUCCUUUUUCUUGCCUUUAACACUAAACAUUACCUUCAUAACAAAAUGCUGUAGCAACCAGUAUUUGAAGACUAACAUUUUUUUUCCAUUUGAAUUGAAUAUUGUAAGGUGCAUAUGGGCUGAUGUCUCAUAAUUAACUUCCAGUAGAGCCAGUGCAUGUAAACAACCAAAGUAGAUUCACCUGAAAAUCCACUGACACUCUUGUUGUUGUUUUCCUUCUGUUAGCUUUUGUAGAUCAAGAGUUUUGUUCUGAUUUAUUUUUGGGGUGUGGAACUCUGGGUAAUUAUGGCCAAUAAUGUCUUUGUCAUUAUGACACACUUUGUGCUCAAGUUUCAGGGAGUUUUGGUGUUCAGUUACUUGUUUGUAAUAGGGAAUGGUAUUCCAUUUGUUGGCGUAACAUUCUUUUAAAAUUUCUAAGAUAUCACUUGAAGCUUAAUAUUGAGGUCCAAGGUAAUACUGUUGCCAAGUUAUCGAAUUGUGUAGUAUUUUGCUACGGUGCUUUACUGCCAGUUUCUGACGUUCAUGUAAUAAUCAAAAACUUUGCUGUAAAGUAUGGACUCAGUAACUUGCUCCACGCAAACAUUCACCUAAGAAUGAGAAUUGGUUUUGAAAUGAAAUUUAUUUUUUCAGUUAUGGUGCAAACUUAAUCAGGUUGUACUAAUGAUCGGUGAGCCAAUGUAAACAAUUAUAUUCACAUGAAAAGAACAGGUUUGGGACAAAAAUUAAGAAAUUGUUCAUACUUUUGACAUUUCUUGAAAAUGCACAUUUUCUCUUUGGAUUCCUUGUUUCAUUUGAAGAAAAUAGAAUGCUAAAUAAGUAUACAUGCAAGAACAGCAUCUGACAGUUCAAAUACCAGUGUGUACUGCUGGAGUGAGCUCUUAGU